UUUAUGCAGUUCACAGCUUAUUGUACGGCUUAUGUAUUUAUGCACAUAAACGCUGCAAUAAUCUUUGUAUACGAAAGAGCUUUAGACUUGCUGCGUCUCAGUUUACAAAGUGACGAGAAUUUGUACAAUCACAGUCGCAUAGCGGACAUUCCAAUCGUGUAAACGAUUACACAAGACGAUCCGGGACGCGUCCAUGUUUUAUGGGUGUACGAUUAGCAGAUAGGAUCAUUUCAUUCGCGAACACAUCAGAUGGGUGAAUUACCGAUGAUUUGAUGAUCGAUAUACGCGGAUAUGGAGGGGCAGCCAGAGGAACCGCGGUACGCCGGCUUCCCAAGUGGUUGUUGCGUCACGAUAAAAUAAUCUCGAGUACCUACAUUCUCGAAAAUCUUGUAACACUCACAUUUCUGUACACACAACAAUAGUGUCCGAUGUCGGAACAGCAUAUCGUCAUAGAGAUGUACGGAAGUUUGUACCUUGGAGAUAAUAUGGGCUAUCGGUGGUAGAGAUGUUUCAAUUAUCACCCUUGCAAUAUUCGUUUUGCUUACCGAUCUUGUGUUGCGAUUCGAAAAAAGACUCCAUGUUUCGCCCGUACUCGUGCUGUACUGUGAUCAUUAUUAUGGUGGUGGUGAUGAUAAUUGUUGUUAUGCGACAUUGAAUUUAUUAUUCUCAGCCAUUCGUCAAAUUACAAGCGAGUCGCGAGUUCUUGGAUAUAGAAAUGGAGCGCCAAGGUCCGAGUGUCGAUAGGCACGUACCGAGUUGCUUGUAAUAUUGCCGUACCAUUCGAGGCUACAACCCGCUGUGGUUUUUCAAUUAGUAUAAUUAUCAGCAAAUUCGACUCCUGUUUUCAUUUUUGACUCGACUUCCAACUUCGAUUUCUUGCCUUACUAUCGAAUCAUAAAACAAGGAAGACGAAGCUCGACUUCAAUAAAUAAAGACUAGGAAUGGUAUUGCGUCUGAUCAGAAACGGGGGACCGGGUAAAACGCAUCAUUUUACAAUUAGAGGAACCGGGCUGGCUUGAAAUUCUGCACGCGGUUUCCGGAGGACGUUACACCGGGGCGGAAAAAAAGAUUGGACAACGUUCCCCUGCAGUUUCGUUUUCUCGACGGCAUCCUUACGGAGCCGAAUUAGCCGGAUGCGGUCAUCGCGACGCUGUUCAAUUGUGGUAUACCAACUGGCGGGGUUUCCUCUGCAAACGUUUUCGGAUCUCGAGUAUUUUUUAUUUCUUCCCCCCUGUCAUCGAGUGUUGAUCCGGCUACCUAUUUUGGCUCCUGCAGCCUCUCGAGAACAAUACCAUCGGUAUUUGCACAGGAAACGCAUGAACGGGCGAUAAAUAGAGUUCACCAAUCGCACGUUCAGUGUUAUGGCCCCUGUGGAACAGGCCGAAGAUGGAUCCGUCAAAUCUACCUGCGUCAAGGGGAUUAAACCGACCGCCACUUUCGGUUGGAGACAUUUUCAAGCAUUCCUCAUGUUUUUGGGUCUCUCCUGCGCGUACACCGUUCGGGUUAACAUGUCGGUUGCGAUCGUGGCGAUGACCAGCGACGACGAAGAGAUUCCGAGUCCCGGAAAUUUCGAGACUUUUCGCUGGGAGCCAUCGGUCCAAGCUUUAAUCCUGAGUUCCUUCUUCUGGGGAUACGUUCUCACCCAAGUUCCAGCGGGACAAAUCGCGCAGCGUUUCGGUGCCCGAAAACUCUUAGCCAUUUCAGUAUUCAUUUGCGGCGGUGUGAGCCUCUUGGUCCCUGCAGCCGCAAGAUACGGUGGCUGGACUCUCGUUUGCGUUUGUCGAGUAGCCAUGGGAUUUUGCCAAGGCUGUGUUCUUCCCUCACUUCAUACCCUCCUUGCGAAAUGGGCACCGCCGGAAGAGCGAGGACGACUCGGCACUUUCGUCUACGCUGGUCACCAAUUUGGAACGCUUGUAGCGCUGCCGAUUUCUGGUUUCCUCGCGGGUUCUACCGCGGGAUGGCCCAGUGUAUUUUAUUUAUGGGGAACCGUAACGAUCGCCUGGAGUAUCUGGUGGUUCUUCGCGGGCGCUGACAGCCCCGCUAAUCAUUCGACGAUAUCGACGGAAGAACGGGAGUACAUCGAGAUGAGUCUGAAGACAUCUCACAGUGGUCAGAAUUCGGACAAUGACGUGGACACAUCGAAGGCUCUUUCUACCCCGUGGAAGGCGAUACUGACAUCGCAGCCGAUGUGGGCACUGGCUGUAGUACAUUGCGCUCAAACUUGGGGAUUUUGGAUGCUCCUAUCCGAAAUACCAACUUACCUACAUUCCAUCUUAGACUUCGAUAUCAAACAGAAUGGCUUAAUUUCCGCACUUCCUUACGCAGUGAUGUGGAUCUUGAGUUUCCCGACGAGCUACAUAUCGGACUGGACACUAAAACGAGGAUGGGUGUCAACGGGAGCUUCUCGAAAAAUCUGCAACUCUAUCGGGCAUGUAAUUCCAGCGAUCGCUUUGAUUGCCCUGGGCUACGUCGACAGUCAUCAGAAGGUCCUAGCUGUUGCAAUUUUAGUAAUUGCAGUCGCGUUGAAUGUCCCUACGCUCUGCGGGUACCAAGUGAAUCACAUGGACCUCAGCCCUAACUUCGCUGGGACUUUGAUGGGCAUGACGAAUGGAACCGCUAACGUAUUUGCUAUACUCGCUCCCCUAAUCACAGGAUUCAUAGUCACGGAUCCGCACCAAGUCGCGGAGUGGCGAACGGUCUUUUUUAUCUCUUCUGGAUUCUACUUUUUGGGAAAUCUUUUUUUUGUGUUGUUUGGGUCUGGAGAAGUGCAAUGGUGGAAUAACUCGGCAGAUGCUCGGAGUCAUGAAGAGAUGCAAGAAAAAAUCGAAAAAAAGCUCUCAACUUCCUACAAAAAGAGCAGGGAAUCUGUGCACGUACACAAUUCAACCGAAAAGGAAAGGUUUUAACUGAAUUUAGGGAUUCACACUUCAUCCGAAUCGUAUACAUCAUUGAUUCAAAGAAGAAUCAAUAGAAGAAAGAAACUUUUUUUCAAAUGGAGUUAUGACAACCGCUGUUGAGCGAGAAUAUUUGCAUUGGAGAUUAAUUUAUUUGCAUAUUUUUAUUUAGGUAAAUACCUAAAUACGUGUAUAUUUAUUAUAACGAGUGUGUGAUUAUACACUGAUAACACUAAGAUAGUAUUUGGUUAUACGGGCAACAACAAUGCCCCGUCCCUAGUUUUUGUACUUUUAGAUUCCUCAGACCUCUGUUUGGUGUACUGAGUACAUCAUCUAGUCUCAAGGGUUCGGAACAAGAGAUCCGUGUGUAUAAAACAUGAUUUUUCAUAGUCAUCAAGUAAUUUAUACAAUUGUGGGCAGAUAAAUAAUUCAACUCCA